GAAUUGGGGUAUCAGUUGAGCUUGUUUCAGAGUUCUUCUUUCUUCUUUCAUCAAAGAGAAGUAUGAAGAUCUUAAUCAGCAGUUCCAUUCUUGUCGUUCUUCUAGCCUUCAUUUCAGGUAUCAUAUUACAAGCAAAUGCAGCAGUGGAGUAUUUCUCGUGCAACUACCCAGGAAGCCGAUGCAGUGGGAAGUAUGUGAAGUGCCCAGACGAAUGCCCCAGCACUUCCUCAGAAAACCCCAAAGCUAAAGUUUGCUAUGUCAACUGUAAUUCUCCACAUUGCAAGCCCGAGUGCAAGCGCCGCAAAGCAGAUUGUAACACUCCAGGAUCGGCAUGCUAUGACCCCCGUUUCAUUGGUGGUGAUGGUGUUGUUUUCUAUUUCCAUGGCAAGAGCAAUGAACAUUUCAGCUUAGUAUCAGAUUCCAAUCUCCAGAUUAAUGGACGCUUCGUUGGCCACAGACCAGCAGGCAGAACGAGGGACUUCACUUGGAUUCAAGCCCUGGGCAUCCUUUUCAACUCUUACACUUUCUCUCUUGAGGCCACAAAGGCAGCAACUUGGGAUAGUGAAGUUGACCAUCUGAAGUUCACCUACAGUGGGCAAGAAUUAGUCAUUCCUGAAGGCUCCCUCUCCAUCUGGUACUCUCCAGAGAAAGAUAUCAAAGUGGAAAGAGUAUCAAGCAAGAACAGAGUCAUAGUCACCUUGAAGGAUACUGCGGAAAUUUUGGUCAAUGUGGUACCAGUGACUAAAGAAGAUGACAGAAUCCAUAACUACCAAGUACCUGCUAAUGACUGCUUUGUCCACUUGGAGGUGCAAUUCAGGUUCUUUAACCUGUCUCCUAAGAUUGAUGGAGUACUGGGCAGAACUUACAGGCCUGAUUUUGAGAACCCGGCAAAGCCUGGUGUGGCAAUGCCAGUUUUGGGAGGUGAAGAGAAGUAUAGAACCCCAUCCCUUCUCUCUGCAGAAUGUCAAUCUUGCAUCUUCUCUCAAGAUGGCUCAGACCAAAAGAUCUCAUCGGUGAUUGAUUUUGGCACCCUUGACUGCACCCGCGGGGCGUCUAUAGGAUAUGGAAUUGUUUGCAGGAAGUAAAUGCCAAAGAAAUUGUGGCUUGCCAAGUUCAUAAUAAUAGAAGCCUCAGGUAGCUUCUAGCUGAUUAAUAAGUAAUGGUGGCUGCCAGUUUAUGUGAUUUAAAAAGUGUGGUUCGCUUGUUCCAGUUGAAAAUGUAAUAGAUGCUACAUCUGCAUUCUGUGCAUUGGAAAAUAAUUGUAUUGAACACAAUUCUUAACCAAAUAAGCU